AUGGAAUUGAAAUAUCUGAAUAAAUUUGUAGAAGAAUACAAACUCAAUAAGAAUGAUAAAUUAAUUAAAUACCUCCUAAUUCUUGGUAUAGGGUUUGUAAAGUAAAAACUAGAAGAUAUAAAUUAAGAAGCAAUCAAAUUAUUAGCGAGUAAUUUUCAUUUAUUAUGUAGAUUCAUUCAAACAAAAGUCUAUUCAUUAAGAAUUAAAAAACUUGAGAAAUAAGGUUCUCUCUUUAGAAAAACAUAUUCAACCAGAAUAACAGAUUAAAUAUCAUAGUCAACCAAAAUUAAUGCCUCCUAAAGUUACACCAAAAAUCACUGAAUAAAUUCCACUUUAAUAGAAUGUCAAAAAAGCAGUACCUUUUAAACAUCACUUAGAUGAUUCAGAAAUGUAUUAUAUUUAAUAUACUAUUUAGUAAAUCAAUAUUAUGGAAUCAAUGUAAUGAAAAUCAUCAUUAAAUUAUCAAUUAUGAAUCUUAACAUUAACCUCAAAGAAAGCAAACAAUUGAUUAACAUCCAAUAAUCCCUAAGUAUUUACCAAGAAACAACUCACAAACAGAAAUAUAUCCCUUAUCAUAACGUGAUAACAGUGCUAGAUAGAUUACUUAACGAUCAUCUCAUCAUUCUAGUUAAUUUGACAGUUUGCAUAAUAGAAAUUCUCCAAAAUUUAAAGGAGAAAAGAAAAAGAGCAUAUGUAAAGAAAAUAGAACUCCUGCAGGUGUUGGAGUACCUAAACAUCUUAGAUAAGUUUAAUCAAAAAUCAAAUCGUAAAUUUAAUAUGACAAAGAACAAUAUAAAUCUAAUAAUAGUUAAAAAGAAGAAGAAUAAAUUAUUAAUAUAGCGAAUAGUUCAUUAAAUCCAUUUAAUAAUACUCCAUAAAAUAAAUUAUUUUAACCUUGUCAUUCUACUCAUUUUGGUAGUGGUUAAGUUUCAAGUGCUAAAAUUUAAUAAUAAUAGAUAUAGAUUUAAGAUUUAAAUAAUAUUACAGAAAAGAAAGUAUUUAAUGUUGAUGAAAUUGCUUCAUCAUUUUUGAAUUCUCCAUUCAUGAAAAGUCAAAUAUCAUAAAGAUUAUUUGGAAAAUAAGAAUCAGCCUCAUCAUCAUCUAGUACAUUCUCACUUUUUAAUCCAAAUAAUGAACUAAAAAGUAUUAAUAUUAUUUUAUAAUUUAUUAGAUUUCUUUUAGUAAUUAGAUAAGUAAGUAGGCAACUCCUUAUCCUUUUAGUUUUGA